AUGGCUCAACAAUUUGUGCAGCAAUUUCAAUACAAUAUAAACUUAGUCCUUGACAAGAAGUCCCUGAUCAACUUGAAGAAAAAAUCUACAAAAAAUUUCAGAGAAUUUGCCAUUAGGUCGCGGGAGCAGGCAACUAGGUUAAGACCACCGUUGAAAGAAAGUGAGGUCGUGGAAACUUUUAUUCAAGCUCAAGAUGAAGAAUAUUAUCAGUACAUGCUUCCUGCCUUGGGUAAAUCAUUUGUUGAAGCCAUCAAAAUAAGGGAGAUGAUAGAAGAUGGGAAGAUGGGAAUAGAACAGGACACCUGGAAUGCUAAAAAGGAUAACAGAAUAAAUACAGAGGAGACACAAAAAGGGAAAGAGCCUGCUAUUUCUGAAAGUCAAACAAGUCCUUCCAUUCAAACUCAAAAUAAGUUUGAUGCUUUGGCUGCUGAAGGGGAUGAUAAGGACAAUGAAGAACAAACACCAAAUAAUGAAGGAUUAAAGGAGGAAGUCAGGGGCAACAAUAUAAAUGCAGAGUUUGGAAAAACAGAUAGUGCAAACACCAGUGAAGAAGUGCAAGGACAGGAAAAAGACAUAACAAUCGAAAGUGAAAUAGUGCAAGGACAGGAAAAUGGCACAACAAUUGAAAGUGAAACUGUUUCAGGUGAAGGGGAGAAGAUGGCUAAAUGGGGGGAUAGGGUGGAAGAGCCUGAGGAUAGCAAAAAGGAUCAAUCUGGGGAGCACAAUCAGGAGAUCAAUAUUAGGAGAAAUAAGAUAAUUGAGCCACCAGAUGGGGAUCCAGGGAUAUACAAUAACGGUCAUGAGCGAGAUAUAGCAAAUGGGGUGAAACUAUCGUGA